AUAAUUUGCAAACUGCUGAGCUGGAUUGAGCCACGUCAGUACUCCAGCGAGACAGAGCAGCGAACUACCGGAGUAGGAGCCGGGACACCGGGCAGAGAAAUGAACAGAUAAACACACUGACCGGGCUGCACGGAGAGAGACAACAGCGCGACACGUCUUUUCUGUUUUUGUUAUACGCGUAUAAGGAAUAAUUACUAAAUUAUCGACAUGACUACUCUCACUAUGAUAGCACGAAUCCAGGACGGACUGCUGCUGGCCGCAUCCAUGCAGGAGAGCGAACAGUCGGGUCGGAACCUGCAGGAGUAUCAGAACCAGGCCAAGCAGCUCUUCAGGAAGCUGAACGAGAACUCUCCCCACCGCUGCUCGCUGGAGACCGGGCCAAUGGUGUUCCACCUCCUCCUUGCUCAGGGGGUGUGUUACCUGGUGCUGUGUGAGGGCUCCUACUCCAAGAGGCUGGCGUUCUCCUACCUGGAGGAGCUGCAGGCUGAGUUCAGCGAGCUGUACGGCAAGAGGCUGGCAUCCGUGUCGAGGCCGUACGCGUUUAUAGAGUUUGACACAUUCAUUCAAAAGCUGAAGAAGAACUACCAGGACUCCUGGUCUCGCCGGCACCUGAGCUCGGUCAACACAGAGCUGCAAGACGUGCAGAGGAUCAUGGUGACCAACAUCGAGGAAGUGCUGCAGAGAGGAGAGGCGCUGUCAGCGCUGGACUCAAAAGCCAGUAACCUGUCUGCCCUGUCGAAGAAGUACAGGCAGGAUGCCAAAUACCUGAACACUCGUUCUCUGUACGCCAAGAUAGGAGCGGCAAGCGCGGUGUGCAUAAUCUUAUUCCUCUACGCACGCUUCUGGUGGCUGGUUUGAUCAGACUGAGGCACUGCAGCCACAGUAGCGUCACCUCUCCAGAGCCCUCAUUUUGAGGGCUUCUGAUUGUACAUACACAGCUGCUGUAUGUUUGUAAGGUGUUUUGACUGUGAGUUCAGGAGCUGCUCUUCAGUUCUGGUUGUCUGUCAGACAUUUGUAAUGAAGGCUUAAGAGUCUUGAUAUUAGUGGGCUCCCUCUAGUGCGCAGGAAAUUGAUCCAGAGUGGCAGAUCGCUUGAUGGCGCUGGCUCUUAGUUCUGUAAAGACAGAUGUUUGCAGCAGACAACUAGAACUGAAGAGCAGCUCCUGAACUCGUAGUCACAGCACCUUAAAUAUAGCGUUACCCGUCCCCAUGGGCAGCUGCAACUGUGUAAAUAACAGACCUGUCGUUUUGUCUCUUCAUUGUUAAUAUCCUGACAACUUUUUACACUUAAUUUUAAAGUCUGCUUCAAAGCUCUUUUCACAAUGUCUGCU